GAUGCGACCAUCGCUCUGUGCGUUCCACAGCAAACCUCGGACAUGGGCCGCGCACGGACACACAACCCCUGACCACCCUAAGGCACACCCCUUCCCCCUCUAUAUCUAUUCUCCCCUCUUUUCUUCCAUCCCUCGCUUCCUCCAUUUCCCUCGCUAUCGGUAUGGUGUCCUUCGGUUCCUACUGCUAGCCGCCCUGUACCUUUGUCCUUUAGGACCCUCCCCUGCUCACGCUGCUCACUUCCGUGUCGGGGUGGUGGGGCCGUGGUCAUGUGACCCUCUCUUUGCCAAGGCGCUGCCGAGCGUGGCUGCCCAGCUGGCGGUCAACCGUAUCAACAGAGACCCUGUCCUCUCACUGGCGGCCACUUUUGAUUAUGUCAUUCUGGAAGAGAAAUGUGAGACUUCCAGGGCUCUGAAUGGGUUCAUGGGCUUCUAUACCAGGGCUACAGGCUUCAUCGGGCCAGCCAACCCUGGGUACUGUGAUGCUGCAUCACUACUGGGCAAGGGCUGGAACAAGGCGGUGUUCUCGUGGGGGUGUGUUGGCUAUGAGCUAGAUGAUACCCGGAGCCACCCUACCUUUGCCCACUCCAUGCCCCGACCCACCUGGGUGCUGAUCAGCCUCAUGCAGCACUUCCGCUGGGCACAAGUUGGCAUCAUUGCCUCCUCAGAGGAAAGCUGGGUGGAGACCGCCAGCAAGGUGGCCAACUCUCUGAGGAGUCAUGGGAUGCCGGUGAGGCUGGUGGUUACCAUCGGUAAUGACCCCGGUAGUGUCAGGAAGACCCUGGCCAAGCUCAAGAAGGUGGAUGACCUACGAUUGGUGAUCAUGUGUAUGCACUCUGCCCUGAUCGGAGGGGGACCUCAGAAGCUCCUACUAGAAACAGCCCGGGACAUGAGACUGACGGAGGGCUCCCUGGUGUUCCUACCCUACGACACCCUACUCUACAGCCUUCCCUACCACAACGUCACCUACCCUGCCCUGAGGAACAACAGCAAGCUACUCAAGGCCUACGAUGCAGUGUUGACCAUCACUAUAGACUCUCCCAAGACAUCUUUCUACCAGGCCUAUCAGGAGGCUAUAAACAGGGGAGAGAUAGCGGGGAAUGUCAAGCCACUACAGGUGUCUCCUCUGUUUGGAACCAUCUACAGCUCUGUGCUGUUCAUGGCCCAUGCUGUCCACAGGGUCCAGGCCUCAGGGGAGUGGCUUUCUGGGGGGAACCUGGCCCGACACACCCACGACUUGGCCUUCCAGGGCUUCAGCCACCCUGUGAGGACCAACAGGUCUGGAGCCGGCCUGGCUGACUACGUAGUACUGGAUACAGACGGAAAGACCUGGGACCUCAGACCCACACACAGGAUAGAGAUGGCUGCUGACAUGGUGAGGUUCUUGGGUAGAGAUAUCCACUUCCCGCAAGGCAUCUCCCCCAAGACUGACUCCAACUGUUGGUUCAUCAAAGGCAUCAUCUGCACUGGAGGUGUGGAUCCGUUCUCUGCUGUUGGGAUCUUCCUGGGAUUCGUCCAGAUGGGUUUCCUCUUGUUUAUUCUAACCUACUGCAUCAAGCGACGCAUCAACCACAUCCGGUUGUUCCGGGGUCCCAACAAGAUCCUGCUCACCCUUGACGACGUCACCUUUAUCAACCCGUCCCUUAGCAACAAGAAGCUGAGUAUAGACGACAGUAAGAGAAAGACCAGUGGAGUCUCUCUGAGGAGCCUAUCACAGCACAGCCUCAUGUCCCCCUUCUCUGACCAAUCACCUGCUACCUACGAGAACUCCAACGUCGUCCUCUAUGAGGGAGACUGGGCGUGGCUGAAGAGACUACCUCAUGGAACAUUCAGGAACAUCAACCCCAAAACCAGUGACGUGUUUGAACUGAUGAAGGACAUGCGUCACGAGAACAUUAACCUUUUCCUGGGUUUCUUCCAUGACUGUGGAGUGUUUGCCAUCGUAACCGAGUUCUGCACCAGGGGAAGCAUGGAAGACCUACUGCUCAAUGAUGAUGUCAAACUGGACUGGAUGUUCAAGUCAUCACUACUGCUGGACCUUAUUAAGGGUAUGAAGUACCUGCACCACAGGAACUUGUAUCACGGUCGUCUGAAGAGCAGGAACUGUGUGGUGGACGGACGCUUCGUCCUGAAGAUCUCUGACUACGGAUACAACGAGGUUCUAGAGGCAGCAAAGUUCCCCUACACAGAACCUCCUGCAGAGGACCUGUUGUGGACUGCCCCAGAGAUCCUGCGGGGCCCCUCCCCCGGUCUCUACGGCAGUCUCCAUGGAGACGUGUACAGCUUCGCCAUCAUCAUGCAGGAAGUGGUGAUGAGAGGCCCGCCUUUCUACAUGCUGGAGCACUCUGCUGCAGAGUUGAUCCAGAAGAUCCGUAAGCCCCCUCCUCUGUGUCGUCCGGUGGUCUCCCCUGACUACGCCCCUAUGGAGUGUAUACAGCUGAUGAAACAGUGUUGGAACGAAGAGCCAGACAGACGGCCAUGCUUCGACCAGAUCUUUGACCUGUUUAAGAACAUCAACAAGGGGAGGAAGACCAACAUCAUAGACUCCAUGUUGAGGAUGCUGGAGCAGUACUCCUCUAACCUGGAGGAGCUGAUCAGAGAGAGGACAGAGGAGCUGGAGAUAGAGAAACAGAAGACGGAGAAACUACUCACUCAGAUGCUGCCACCGACGGUUGCGAAUGCCCUGAAGGUGGGUGGUACUGUGGAACCGGAGUACUUUGACAACGUGACGCUGUACUUCAGUGACAUCGUUGGCUUCACCACCAUCUCAGCCAAUAGCGAGCCCAUCGAGGUGGUUGACCUUCUGAACGACCUCUACACGCUGUUUGAUGCCAUCAUUGGCAACCAUGAUGUCUAUAAGGUGGAGACGAUAGGCGACGCCUACAUGGUGGCGUCAGGGUUACCGGUUGCCAACGGAGAUCGUCACGCGGCAGAGAUAUCCAACAUGGCGCUAGACAUCCUCAGUGCUGUGGGCACCUUCAAGAUGAGACACAUGCCUGACGUACCUGUACGAAUACGCAUAGGACUACACUCAGGUCCGUGUGUGGCGGGGGUGGUGGGACUGACCAUGCCUAGAUACUGUCUGUUCGGAGACACAGUCACCACAGCCUCUCGGAUGGAGUCCACUGGGAUGCCGUACAGAAUCCAUGUCCAUAACAGCACAGUUAAAAUCCUGCUGGAACUCAAGGCAGGAUACAAGGUGCAACUGAGAGGCAGGACUGACCUGAAGGGAAAAGGAGGAACAGAGGAGACCUACUGGCUUAUAGGGAAGGACAACUUUGAGAAACCUCUCCCCGUCCCCCCCGAAUUCAAGAAAGGGUCUGCCCAGCAGAUCAACAAGGACUUCAAGCGGCUCCUCCAGAAGGCCGUGAAGAAAAUCUCCACUGUCAGAACGGUGGCUAUGAUCACUAUGGUGGACGACGACAACGUCAUGAUGCACCACCACUGACCAAUCAGACUUCAUGAUGCACCACCACUGACCUUUGACCGGUCUUUCAGACUGAUUCUGUGUCCAUUUUGAGCCUCGGAUCCUUACUAUCUCUCCAUGGUCAACGAAGAGGGAACAGCAGGAAGGAAGAGGAUCUAGUGACAAGUUUGUGUCUGCAAGUUAUUGGUGAAUAUUCAGAAAGGGGCGCUUACAAGUGUCUGGUCAUGCAUUGCCCAAGCAACGGUGUGUGUGUGUGCGUGCGUGCGCCUGCAUCUGCAUGUGUGUGUGUGAGAUGGGGGAGGGAAGUGAAAUGAUGUGCUGUGUAGAGAUUACUGCAGCUCGUUUUAAAUAUGAAGCAUCUUGCCAGAUGGUAGGACGAUGAGUCACCUGAGCCAGGGACUAUUAUUAGGACUGCAUUACUCAUUAUAAACUGGGUGGUUCGAGCCCUAAAUGCUGAUUGGCUGACAGCCGUGGUAUAUCAGACCGUAUACCACGG